UUAUCUAUUUUUUUUUUUAUACAAGUAGUCUAAAAUGGAGCAACUCAAUACAGCAAUUAAAAAACUUAUUACAGGAUACAAGAAUACAACACCACCUUCACUAAAGUUAAUUGACAUUUACCUUGUUUACAUAAUGUUAACUGGAAUUCUUCAAUUUAUAUACAUGGCAAUAGUUGGCACUUUUCCUUAUAAUGCUUUUCUUGGUGGUUUUAUUUCGACUGUUGGCAGUUUUGUUCUGGCCGCUAAUUUACGUAUUCAAACUAAUCCAGAAAACAAAGAAUCAUUCAAAAGUACAUCACCUGAAAGAGCUUUUGCUGAUUUUGUUGUAUGUUCACUUCUUCUUCAUGGAUUUUGUAUCAAUUUCUUAGGUUAAACGAUGAUUUAUUUAGAAAUAAUAAUAAAAAAAAAAGAGAUGCAAAUAUUUGAAUACAUGUGUGUGUCUUUACGUAUAUCUUGGAAAUGUUCAAUUGUGAUAUGAAUAAAAUGAGUACUUGCUAAUCAUUAUACGAAAGCUAGAAAUAUUAAUUUGGAGGAAAUGUGCAAACGAACAGAAAAAAAAGGAAGGUGCUUUUUAUCGUUUGCAGUAUUUUUACUGUAAAGCAUUCAAACAACAAAAGUUGAGUGAAUGUGGUCAUCUAAAUACACUAGGUAAGCUGUGUUUAUUACAGCGACGACUGCGGCGGUGUGGUG